AUUCCUUCACCCUCUUUGCGGAUGUGAAAGCCUGGCGCUGCCCCAACACUUUUGAGGUUCGUUUGCUGCAUUUUUUGGGAGGCGAGGAACACGUUAGGAAAGUCAGUGAACUCAUGAGUCUUGACAUGGUACGAUGAGCAGGUUCUGUAAGUGUGAACGUGUAUCCAGUUUCAGUCAACAAACAACUUCGUGGUAUGUGUCUUUAGUUUGAGUACUGUUUUUGUUUUUUUUUGUGAUAGCAUGUGUUAACUUAAUCCCAUUAAAUCAUUUCUCAUAUAUAAUUGGUGUGCUAAGUUCAAUCGGGAGCACAAUCACCGACAGUAUAUCCGGGUCCAGUGUGUAAUGCUAACUCUGCGUCUAAAAAGGUACCUUGAAUUGUUUAACCUCCAUUUGUUACAAUAGAUACUCUAAUGUAUACUUGCGACUCUAAAACUUUGGUUUUUGUUUUUUUUUCGCAGGGAUGUAAAUGUUCGUGUUAGUAUGUUUGACUAUUUGGCUCUUGCAUUUCAUAAAAAAAUGAUAGCUACAGGAAAGAGCUUAAAAUUGUGCUUGCCACCAACAUUAAUCCUAAGAUAGUUGGGGGUAAGAGACAAUCUUUUUUCACUGUAGUUGCAUUUUAACAUAGGUUCAACAAAUCUAUACAAUAGAGUGUUUGUUUUGAACUGACAUUCUCUUAAAAAAAAACCAUAUGCGAUGUCAGGCCGGUUAGUUCUGAAGGCCACUUCUGGCACACAUAUCUACUUUGAUUCUGAGACAGCUGCAGGAAAAGAAGAAUUUGACAAGUAAGUCCCCUCAUUCUGAUUAGAUAAUCGCAACUUUGGUCUUGUCCUGAUGAAUGGAAUUUCUACUUUGUUCACUGUUUUUCAAGCUCAGCCCAUUGCAGAUUGACAGGCGAUGGAACAGACCAGACAGCGUCUUCAUUAAAGCUGGUUCAUGCCCAAAAAAUUGAACCUCUAACCGUUGCUGGGCUUAGCCAAUAGGUUAUUACUGUUGAUCCUCAGGUGAAGUUUGGUCGAUUUAAAUUUAAUAUUGUUUGAGAUUAUUCUUCUUUUUUGUCUGCUUCUUCUGCACUUUACAGAUAAUUGAGUUUCUUUGCACAGCUAAAGUGACUGGAUGUUCAAAGAAACUUGUCCAAGAGAUAUAUUCCUUCAAAUGUGUCGCAUGUGAUGAAACUAAUGUUGUGGUUGCACUCAAGUAAGAAAAGAGGUGUUGAUGCUCAGGUAGACACUGAACUGCCUCGGUCCCUUGCUGAGAUUGUUGGGAAUACAUACACCUUCCAGCUCAAGUUAAAGGACUUCAAUUUUACUUCAAAGCACCAAACCUUCACCAUUUCUGGCGUCUUUCCUUCGAGAGAGCUUGCACCUGCGCCAGCCUUUGUUGUGAAUGUUGGUCUCUUUUCUUAAUGUGAAUCUGCUGCUAUCUGUAUAUAAUCUAUGUGUUUGUUACCUUAUUAAUAGGAAGGUGCGCAGGUCCCUGAAGCAUCGCAGCCUGAAGUUGUGACAACGGGAUCUGAUGUCAAAGUUGAUAACACUUGCUCUGUUAGAGGUGCCAUCUACAUUGGAUGGUUCACUUGCCGGACAUACAGCAUCAGCCAGUGAGCAAGUCGCUUUGGAAGAGAAUGCACCGAAGAAACCACGUUUGGAAUGAGUCUACUAUGAGAAACAACCACGUCUUCUCUUUAUCAAAUAAUUGCUUUUGUAUCUUUCAAUUUCCUUUGAAUCAAUUUCCCUUUUUAUAAUACUCAAUGUGGUGGUUGUUUUAAUUAGUAAUAAGUCAUAUUUUCAAUUUUCUUUAGUUCUAUUUCUCCUUUUAGACUUUCAAAUUUCUUUAGCUUUAUUUCUCCUUUUUAAACUCUAUGUGGUGGUGGUGGUUGUUCCAAUUAGUAAUGCAAGUCAUUUUCAGAAUUGGAUCUGUGAAGUCAAUAGUCAUGCACCCUUGCAUAGAACGUUCAAACUUGCAAUGCUUAUAAAACCGUUUAGGCUACAGAAAAAUGUUUACUUUCCAGUUGCACCCAUAAACAACAUGCGGCUCGCAACACAUUUUUGCCUCAACAUCUAUGAUGUUCAGGGCAAGCUUAGGAAUAAUAAACUGAAAAUAAUUAAUUCACAAUUAUACAAUCCAAAGUUCAUACACCGAACUUUUUAAGCACAUAAGAUUUAAAACAAUAACAUUGAAAAAAACACGACAACCGUUGCGUCCAAGGUAUUGGCCACUAAGAACUUCAAACCAAAGUCAUACACUAUGGUCACUAAUCACUAUCAAUUGGAUCGGGAAAAAAUAUCAUUUUUAACAUAUUUUCGUCUUCAUUCUUUUUAACAUAUUUUCUUUACUAAAACCAUUAAGUAAAUUAUAAAUUUAUUUAAAAAUAAAACAUACAAACCCGGCGCGUAGCGCCGGAAAACCACUAGUUGUUUUUAUUUUGAAGUUUGCAGAAUCCAAUAAACGUUCAAGCUUGGUAUUGCUGGAACAUCAUUCUCAAUAUACAAAGAGAUGGUAUAUCUAAUCUAUAAAAAAGGAAAAUUAGUGUUGAUGCAAUUGAAGUUUGUUUAAAAUGUAGAUGUUACUUUGUUAUUUAAUGAUACGUUAUGUUUCAUUAGGAAGACACUAUGUUACUUUUAAAAUAAAAGAAUUACGUAGCUGUAAUGUAGGUGUUUCUGUUUAAAUAAAAAGAAUUUCGAAAAUAUUGAUUUUAAUUAAAGGCAUGUGUUUAAAUAAAGUUAGUGGCUGUGUAUUGUAAAUACUUUAAGAUUCUAAGGUGACCUCAAAAAAAGCCUUCAGUUUUAAUAGUAUUGAUUGAUUAUUUGUUUAAUAUGAUCCAUGCCCACAAAACCUUUUUUGGCAAACACACAAAAAUUCAUCUGUCUUUUUGUCUUCUUCAAGAAAAGUCUUGCUCUGAAAUAAAGAUUACUUUCUUGAAAUAGAAAACGAAAAUUGGGAGAUACAUCCUCCAUCGACACCAAUCUUUACAGGCAUUUCACUUCUCACUUAUUUUUUUUUUGAUCAAUAGAUCAUACGUUCAUCUGAAUCAUUUUUGAUAAAUCGAAACGCACUUACACACACACACACACAUAUAUAUAUAUAUAUUAUAUAUAUAAUUUUUUUUUUGUCUUUCCAAAAAAGGGUUGCAUGUCGAAUCUGAUAUCAUAACUUUUUAAUCGGAUGAGCUUCAUAUUGUUUUGUAUAUCCAAAAAAUAUCUGUAAGAAAAGACAUUUCUCCAUCAAAAAAUCACACGAAGAUCGAGAGUUCAAGGAUCCAACUACUCCAAAAUGGUCACGUAAAUAUAAUCUAAAUUCUUUUUGAAAUUCUAAAGAUAAUAGGUUAAUCUGACCGAUUUACAAAAAAGUUUAAAAUCGAAAUCUAACUUUGUUUUUCUUUUUCGAAAUGUUGCAUGUCGAACGAUGGGUUGUGCGGAUUAUAGGAGUGACUUCUGAUGGUUUCAGAUAUAAUUGACAAAAAUAAGCAAUAAAGUUUGAUAUUGUUCAAACUUUGUCAAAACCAUUAAAGGUUUGUAAUCGAAAUGAUUUCUUUCUUCAAAAAAAAAUACUCUAUUUCCUGCUCUAAGAUUUGAUAUUCGCAACAUUCAUUGUAAAAUAUAGAUUAGUCUGUAAUCGAACAGAACUAUUAAAUUUUAUAUAAAAAUGAUUUGUGAUUCAGCUAUAUUAGUUAUGUUUUCUUUAUUGCAGCAUUCACAGGAGUUAACAUGUUGUGCCGUUGUACUACUCAAAUGAAAAGGACUGCAAGAAAUAAGUAAUAUGCAAUGAUGCUCAAAAAACGAAGGACUGGUGGCUAUUUAUAAUCAUAAAUGUAUAUCUAAAAUAAUCGUUUGUUGUGUAUCUAUAAAAUAAUCAGAUUAUUUCCUUUACCUCAUGUAGUUGAAUCUAGAAAUCUAUGAUAUGAAGUUUUCCCUCGGUACCAUUGAACUUUAUAGGAUCUACAAAGAUUGAAAACAUAUAAAUUAUUUGAUCAAUAUGCUAUUGCUAAAACUGUAAAAUGUUAAAUAUUUUUGUUUUUGAAUUAUCUUAAACUUUGUUGUCUGCAAACACGAUCGUUUGUCCGAUCAAAUUUUUUUUAAUGUAGUUUGAAUUUUGAAGCCCUGCAAAAAUUAUAACAAUGAUCACAUGAAAAGAAAACAUACGCAAAACAGCAAAACGUAUUGAACUAUUUAAGUUUUUCUUCCAUUAAUUAACGAAAACAUAGACGCUUUUUGAUGAACCUGAUUUCGCUACAAUAACAAACAUAAAAAAAGUAAUCGUUCAAGUUGAUAUAUAUUUACGUUUUUAUCUGCAUUCGGAUGUUUCCAGGUGGUACUUUCACAUGAACGCUCCAUGCAGAUUUGAAAGGCUUAAGAACAGUUAGAUUGCUGAUUUUGAUUGUGGAACCCAUAAGUGUAUAUCACAGUUUUGGAGGUUUAAAAUGGUUAUUUUUGCUGGGUUUGAAAGGAUAAUUAUAUACUUCUUAUCGCAUGUAAAUUAUUAGGAUAGCAAACCAACUAAAUCGUUUUAAUUUAGGAAUAUUCUAGGUAUAUAUAUUAUUCGAUAUCUUAUAAGUUACAACAAUCUAUUCUUUAUGUUUUUGGAUGAUUAAAGUUGUUCAAUUUAGAUAAGAUAUAACAAUAUAGUUGCGAUAUUAUACCAGUUUAUUAGAUAGAAUAUCACAAUGUGUUGCGAUUAUACAGGGUAGUUUAUACUUAAUUAUAUAUUAAAAAUUUUGCAAAAUAAUUGCAUUUGAAAAAGAUUUGCAAAUAAGCUUUAGCGAGUUUGUUUCAUAGUUGUUAAUCUCAGAAUUUAUAUUAUGUGAAUUUUAUAAAAUAAACAAAUCUGAUAAAAUCAUAGCAAAUUAAUACUGUGUAACUUGAAAUGAAUAAUUAUUGCAUUUUUCUAUUGUUUUUGUUUUUGGUGUACAUUUUGCUACGUGAAUUAGUUGUAGACUAUUGUGCUUUACAUGAGUACUAAAUUUCAAACAUUACAGGUAUAAACGUUGAUGAUGAACUGGUGAAGAAGGAAGAUGUCAAGAUGAUGAAGUGGUGAAGAACAGUAUGGUGGCGAAGAGGAUGCUACGAUCUCUUUCUAGGUUUUAUUUCCAUAUUUGCUUCGUAAUUGUUAUUUUCCUGUCGGUUCUUGCAAUAUCAAAUUCUGUUUGUAUUAUAUGGUUGAAUAAUCAUGGUUUAAAUAAACUAUAAAUCUUUUAAAUAGAGGAUAAUAACUGUGAUUUACAAAAAAAAAAUAAAAACAUUUAAUUAAAAGCAUAGACUAAAAAGAUAUCAGUGGCAGAGAUCUGUAAAUAUUUCAAAACUUCAACGGGACCUCAAAAAAAACCUUUCAGUUUUAAUAAUAUUGAUAAGGUUGCUCUUUGUCAUGGAGUGCCAACGGCACAACAGUUUUUGAAAAAAAAACUCAAAUAUUUGUAUACCAAAAAGGCAAAAACUUUAUGGUUCAAAAUUGUAAGUUUGAAUAUAUAAUAGAGAGAGAGAGAGACCUCUCUGACUGUGUAUAGAAGGGAGGAAAUCAAAAUUCAAACGCACGGAUUCUCCUCACUCCUUCGACGCUGAAAUCGCCGUCUAGGGUUUUCUUCUCCGGUGGUUACUCUUCUUCCUCCUCCUCCGCCCCCAUGGAUUCAGAUUCCUCAAGGUCGCGGAUUGACCAGUUUUAUGUUUCGAAGAAGAGGAAACACCCGUCACCAAAUUUGAAGUCUGGGAGGAACGAGAAACAUGUGAAGGUGACUGGAGAAAGGUCUCCUGGAGAUAAAGGAACUUUGGACAGUUACUUGAAAGCAUCUUCCCUGGAAGAUGACAAGAACACUACCAACAGUGUGUUGCAGGCAAGGCAGGAAGCGUUUACGAAAAAACUGGAUUUGGAGCGCCUGCCUAAACCUGCCAGCGCUGGAACUUCUAAAGGAUGUUUGAACCAACAGAGCGGAUCUCAAGUCUUGGAUAAAGAAGGUGUUGCUACGGUUGCAACAGAUGGUUUGCUUUGUGCCAACCAGAAAGAUAAUUCAGAUCUAAGAGACUUUGCCACUGGUUUCUUGUCCUUGUAUUGUAGUGAAGUGCGGUCUGUUGUUGGCCCACCUCCACAUCAGAAUGCAAAUGAACGGAAGCGUCCAAGCAGUUCAUCACUACUUGCUCAAGAUAUGCAAGUUUCUCACAAGAUGCGUUGUGAUUCCCAAAAUAUACCAUCACUGGAUGAACUUGCACAUCCUCUCGGUAGUAAGCCUGAAUCAAUCAGUGACAAGAGAGAUACAUCUGUUUCAGAACCUAUGCAGAAGAUUCCAAGCAAUCAAUCUGCUGAAAUCUCAAUGGGCUUGAGGAAGUGUACUAAGGCACCUGAAUCAUCGACUCAUCUCACUGAAUGCCACACGCCUGGAUCAGUCGUCAAGUCACGUCCUGUUGGAACCCCUAAGUCAGGAAGCGGUAGCAUAAUGUUCUCACCUGGAGAUUCUUUCUGGAAUGAAGCAAUUCUAUUUGCUGAUGGUUUGUCAAUGCCAACUGAAAACUCUGGUUCCGUAGAAGCUAAAGAUGGAGGUCAGAAUAGCGAAAAAGCAGAUAAUUGCAGUGAAAACUUAAAGAAAACUUUAGGCUUAGACGAAAGCAGAGUCAAGGAUAAAGAUGCCAUUGGUUAUUCAAAGGUCGGGGAGAAGCAUGGGAGAGAUUUUAAUAGAGAAGUAUCUCCGCUUCCUGUCAAGAAUCUGGAACUUUUGUUUCAAGAUAAAAAAACAAAUGGAGGUACCCGAGAGCAAUGUGCUUCAUUGGAUCAAAAUAACAUUACUCGAGGAAACAUUACGGUCUCUGAAUCUGUUCUUGUUGAAAAUAAAGGACGUGGAACUCUUGAUAUUGCCAGUAAUGCUCAGGCAAAUAAACAUUUGAUAGGCAGGAAGUAUCCAGAACCUGAAGGAAAGCAAGUUUUAGUGUGCCAGGACAAUCAUAGUGUAAGAUCUGUUUCUAUGAUAAGCAACAUGAGGAAACCAGCUGAUUCUAGUGAAUCUGAAGAAAGCUAUACUCCUUCAAGCUCUCAUCAUAACAAAGAUGGUUUAAGUCUGAGCACCUGGCUUCCCUCAGAAGUUUGCAGCGUAUACAAUAAGAAGGGAAUAUCUAAACUCUAUCCAUGGCAGGUUGAGUGCCUUCAAGUAGAUGGUGUUUUGGAGAAAAGGAAUCUGGUAUAUUGUGCUUCCACAAGUGCUGGUAAAAGUUUUGUUGCAGAAGUCUUGAUGCUGCGCCGGGUCAUAACAACAGGAAAAAUGGCAUUGCUUGUGCUACCUUAUGUAUCCAUUUGCGCUGAGAAGGCGGAACACCUUGAGCUCCUUCUUGAACCACUUGGUAAGCAAGUUCGUAGUUACUUUGGAAAUCAGGGUGGUGGAACACUUCCUAAAGGCACUUCUGUGGCUGUCUGCACGAUUGAGAAGGCAAACUCUUUGAUAAAUCGCUUGCUUGAAGAGGGUCGUUUGUCUGAACUUGGGAUAAUUGUUAUAGAUGAAUUACACAUGGUGGGUGACCAACAUAGGGGUUAUCUGUUGGAACUUAUGCUGACUAAACUUCGUUAUGCUGCCGGUGAAGGCAGUUCAGAGUCUAGUAGUGGUGAGAGUUCAGGGAAUAGCAGUGGCAAGACUGAUCCUGCUCAUGGCCUACAAAUUGUGGGUAUGAGUGCUACAAUGCCGAAUGUCGGAGCAGUUGCUGACUGGCUUCAAGCAGCUUUAUAUCAGACAGAGUUUCGACCAGUUCCGCUAGAGGAGUAUAUCAAAGUUGGUAACACCAUUUAUAAUAAGAAGAUGGAAGUUGUGAGGACUAUACCCAAAGCUGCUGAUAUGGGAGGAAAAGACCCAGACCAUAUCAUUGAGCUUUGUAACGAGGUUGUUCAAGAGGGCAACUCAGUGCUGAUAUUUUGCUCGAGUCGAAAAGGAUGUGAAUCAACUGCUAGACACAUUUCAAAGCUCAUUAAAAGAGUGCCCAUAGACGUUGAUGGUGAACAUAGUGAGUUUAUGGAUAUUCAGUCUGCGAUUGAUGCCCUGCGAAGGUCUCCAUCUGGAGUAGAUCCUGUACUAGAAGAAACUCUUCCCUCUGGGGUUGCCUACCACCAUGCUGGUCUUACGGUAGAAGAACGAGAGAUAGUUGAGACCUGUUACCGUAAAGGUCUUGUACGUGUCUUAACAGCUACAUCCACACUGGCGGCGGGGGUUAACCUGCCUGCAAGGAGAGUCAUUUUUCGGCAACCAAUGAUUGGCCGUGAUUUUCUUGAUGGAACAAGGUACAAGCAAAUGGCUGGUCGAGCUGGGCGGACUGGCAUUGAUACAAAAGGAGAAAGUGUGUUGAUAUGCAAACCAGGAGAACUCAAGAGAAUAAUGGCACUUCUAAAUGAGAGCUGCCCACCUUUGGAGUCUUGUUUAUCUGAGGACAAGAAUGGAAUGACUCAUGCAAUAUUAGAAGUUGUGGCAGGUGGAAUUGUUCAGACUGCCAAAGAUAUACAUCGCUAUGUUAGGUGUACUCUUCUGAAUUCUACAAAGCCUUUUCAAGAUGUGGUCAAAUCAGCUCAGGAUUCCCUUCGGUGGCUGUGCCACAGAAAAUUUCUUGAGUGGAAUGAAGAGACGAAGUUAUACACUACAACACCCCUUGGACGUGGAGCUUUUGGCAGUUCACUCUGCCCAGAGGAGUCACUUAUUGUGCUGGAUGAUCUUCUAAGAGCACGUGACGGACUAGUUAUGGCUUCUGAUUUGCAUUUGGUCUACUUAAUCACACCAAUUAAUGUUGGUGUUGAACCAAACUGGGAGCUGUAUUAUGAACGGUUUAUGGAACUGUCUCCUUUAGAACAGUCUGUUGGCAAUAGAGUUGGAGUGGUCGAACCUUUUCUGAUGCGCAUGGCACAUGGUGCAACAGUGCGCACUCUAAAGAAACCACAAGAUGUGAACAAAAAAUUGCGUGGAGAAUAUAACAAUCGGCAUGGUUCAACUAGCAGUAAGAUGCUUUCAGAUGAAGAGAUGCUUCGAGUGUGCAAACGAUUUUUUGUUGCUCUCAUCUUGUCAAAAUUAGUUCAGGAAGCUUCUGUGUCUGAGGUUUGUGAAGCCUAUAAAGUGGCUAGAGGUAUGGUUCAAGCGCUACAGGAGAACGCUGGAAGGUUUUCUUCCAUGGUUUCGGUGUUCUGUGAAAGGCUUGGAUGGCAUGAUCUAGAAGGCUUAGUUGCCAAACUCCAGAACCGUGUUUCAUUUGGUGUCCGAGCUGAAAUUGUUGAACUUACUAGCAUUCCAUAUAUAAAGGGUUCAAGAGCUAGAGCGUUGUACAAAGCUGGCUUGCGUACAUGUCAGGCGAUAGCUGAAGCAUCCAUCCCUGAAAUUGUCAAAGCUCUCUUUGAAUCUUCAGCGUGGGCUGAAGAAGGUACUGGACAGAGAAGGAUACACUUGGGAUUAGCCAAGAAAAUCAAGAAUGGGGCGCGCAAAAUUGUUCUUGAGAAAGCAGAAGAGGCGAGGGCUGCUGCAUUCUCUGCAUUUAAGUCGCUUGGUUUGGAUGUUCAUGACCUUUCAAAUCCCUUGCCGUUGCCUCCUGCUAGGAGUCCCAAUGGACAAGUAACUAUUGAGAGAGAUAUCUCUGGAGGCUCUGUUGGUCCUAAUGGACCACAACAUAUUCCAGGACGAUCAAGCAUGGAGGGGCACAUGGAACGUGGGAACUUUGACACGGAUAAUCACAGAGAAAAGCCAAGGGACGUAGCAGGUACUGCCUUAGGGGUUUCAUCAGAAGUUAACUUGGCCGAUCCUCUUCCUGAAAUCCAACCGAUAGGAACUACAGUUGGCACUGAUGGACCUAAUGCUGUUAGUUUUCUUUCUAGUGAUGACAGAGAGAUCAAAAAUGAGGAUAAUGCUGAGCAGCAAUUGACCAGGAGUGCCCAUAUUCCUCUUAGCAAUAAGGAUAAUGCAGGUGAAAAGGGUCCACUAACUGCAGGAAAUAUUAGUGGCGGAUUUGACUCUUUCCUGAAGCUCUGGGAAUCUGCUGAGGAAUUUUUCUUUGAUAUCCACUAUAGUAAGCUACAAAAUUUGAAUUCUCGCAUCUCUUAUGAGAUACAUGGAAUUGCGAUCUGCUGGAAUAGCUCUCCUGUAUACUAUGUCAAUCUUAACAAGGAUCUUCCCAAUAUGGAAUGUGAAGAAAAAGAAAAGCUUUUCAAGGAUGCAGUUAUUGACAAGAAAGAGGUUUUGGGUACCCAAAACAUGCUUGAUGUUAUUAAAGCUAGGUGGAACAGAAUCAGUAAAAUAAUGGGGAAUGAAGAAAAGAGAAAGUUCACUUGGAACUUGAAAAACCAGAUUCAAGUUCUCAAGAGUCCUGCCAUUUCAAUCCAAAGAUGCGCUCGCCUGAAUAUUGCAGAAGUGGUCAGGGACCAUGAGUUGGUGGAUGGAUCUUGGUUGGUGAUGCUUCCACUUCGCAUAAGCCACACCAUUGACAUGGGCAUCGUGUCAUGGAUUCUUUGGCCAGAUGAGGAAAGACACUCAAAUCCAAACAUAGAUAAGGAGGUAAAGAAAAGACUGUCCCCAGAGGCAGCUGAAGCUGCAAAUCGCAGUGGCAGGUGGAGGAAUCAGAUCCGAAGGGUUGCCCACAAUGGCUGCUGCAGACGGGUUGCUCAAACGCGAGCCCUUUGUUCAGCUCUUUGGAAGAUCCUUGUUUCAGAAGAACUUAUCGAAGCACUGACAACCACUGAAAUGCCUCUGGUCAAUGUCCUUGCAGACAUGGAGCUAUGGGGUAUAGGCGUUGAUAUAGAGGGAUGUCUUAAGGCAAGGAAUUUAUUGCGGGAUAAACUGCGGUCCCUUGAGAAGAAAGCAUUUGAAUUAGCUGGCAUGACAUUUUCAUUGCACAGCCCAGCUGAUAUUUCAAAUGUGCUGUUUCGACAGCUGAAGUUGCCCAUACCUGAAAACCACAAUAAAGGGAAACUCCAUCCAAGUACUGAUAAACAUUGCUUGGAUCUAUUAAGGAAUGAACAUCCUGUUGUCCCAGUUAUCAAAGAGCACCGCACUUUGGCAAAACUCUUAAAUAGUACACUUGGAUCAAUUUGUUCGCUUGCUAAACUACGCUUAAGCACGCAAAGGUACACUCUGCAUGGCCACUGGCUUCAAACAUCCACAGCAACUGGAAGGCUUUCCAUAGAGGAACCUAAUCUCCAAUCUGUUGAGCACGAAGUAGAGUUUAUAUUGGAUAAAAGUGGAAAGGAAGAUCGCUACAAAAUCAAUGCACGUGAUUUCUUUGUUCCUACUCAAGAGAAUUGGUUACUCUUGACGGCAGAUUAUUCACAGAUAGAGUUGCGACUUAUGGCACAUUUUUCUAGAGAUUCCUCUUUGGUUGCGCAGCUCAGUCAGCCAGAAGGUGAUGUCUUUACGAUGAUUGCUGCAAAAUGGACUGGAAAGACCGAGGAUUCUGUUGGUUCACAUGAUAGAGAUCAAACCAAAAGAUUGAUUUAUGGAAUUCUUUAUGGAAUGGGUGCCAACACGCUUGCUGAACAGCUUGAGUGCAGCUCAGAUGAAGCCAAGGAGAAAAUUAGAAGCUUUAAAAGUUCUUUCCCUGCAGUCACGUCUUGGCUUAACGAAACAGUUUCCUUUUGCCAGGAAAAAGGAUACAUUCAGACUCUCAAGGGAAGAAGGCGGUUCUUGUCAAAAAUCAAAUUUGGGAAUGCCAAAGAGAAAUCUAAGGCUCAAAGGCAAGCUGUAAACUCCGUGUGCCAGGGAUCUGCUGCUGAUAUAAUCAAGAUUGCGAUGAUAAACAUAUAUUCAGCUAUUUCUGAGGAUGUUAAUACUUCAGCAUCUAGUUCUUCAACUGAGGCUAGGUUUCACAUGUUGAAGGGACGAUGCCGAAUUCUUCUACAGGUACAUGAUGAGCUCGUGCUGGAAGUUGAUCCUUCUUACGCAAAAGAAGCUGCAAUGUUGCUACAAUCCAGCAUGGAAAAUGCGGUUUCACUUCUCGUCCCCCUACAUGUGAAGCUGAAGAUUGGGAAAACAUGGGGUUCUUUAGAGCCGCUUCAGGCUGAUUAAAGACAUCAGCAAAAUAUCAGUGUCUUUAAAUCUCAGCUUAAGAGCCUCGGAUUGUUUGAGCAACUCGCUCACAUGUGUAUUUUAUGGCUCAAAAUGCUCCCACAUUCACCACAGCUUGACUCAACGGUAUGCUCUGUUUCAUCUUCAAGUGAUGAAGAUAAAUGAUAUCAGUGGCUGCUUCUUUGUGACAUUCAUCGCUUGAAUAUGGAGGUGGAGAGGAACGGACCAUUCCAAAGGGAUAUUUGCUCCUGCUGUGUUCUGAGGGCUCUUCGUUUUAGCUUCAAAGAGAGUCUGUAAAGUACCAUUAAGAGUUUCCACAGUUUUACUUAGACAGUGACUUUUGACAUAACCAAAAAUCAUAUAGAAAGAUUAGGAAAAGUUUUCUCUCUUUUUCACUGUAAAUACUCUUAAUGUUUUUCUCAAUAUGAUGUGCUCAUUGAUCCAAAAGAGUAAAUGUAUUGGUUCAUUAUGUUCU